AUGGAGUCCUCACUCAACACGGCUCUCCACACUCUCUGCUGCAUCCACUGCCUCUGCCCCGGGUCGGGCUGUACCGAGCCGAGGAGUCUGAGGUUAAAGAGGUUAGAAAUACUGGAGCAGAGGAGCAGAGGAGCAGGAGCAGGAGCAGAGGAGCAGGAGCAGGAGCAGAGGAGCAGAAGCAGGAGCAGAGGAGCAGGAGCAGAGGAGCAGGAGCAGGAGCAGGAGCAGAGGAGCAGGAGCAGGAGGAGAGGAACAGGAGCAGAGGAGCAGGAGCAGAGGAGCAGGAGCAGAGGAGCAGGAGCAGGAGCAGAGGAGCAGGAGCAGAGGAGCAGGAGCAGAGGAGCAGGAGCAGAGGAGCAGGAGCAGAGGAGCAGGAGCAGAGGAACAGGAGCAGAGGAGCAGGAGCAGAGGAACAGGAGCAGAGGAGCAGGAGCAGGAGCAGAGGAGCAGGAGCAGAGGAGCAGGAGCAGAGGAGCAGGAGCAGGAGCAGAGGCAGAGGAGCAGGAGCAGAGGAGCAGGAGCAGAGGAACAGGAGCAGGAGCAGAGGAGCAGGAGCAGAGGAGCAGGAGCAGGAGCAGAGGAGCAGGAGCAGAGGAGCAGGAGCAGAGGAGCAGGAGCAGAGGAGCAGGAGCAGAGGAGCAGGAGCAGAGGAACAGGAGCAGAGGAGCAGGAGCAGAGGAACAGGUGUAG